AUGGCACAAAUAUCUAAUAGUUCUUUUUCUUUAUCACCAGAUCUUCAAAAACUUUUUGAAAAUAUAAACAAACAACAACUAGAUCUAGAAAAUCAAAUAACAAAAUUAAAUAAUGUUGUAGAUUUAUUAAAACAACAAGAAAUGAUCUUGGAAAUUAAAGAAGAAGUUAAAGAUUUGGAUAAAUGGAUUGAGGAAGUCAAGUCAUCAGCUGACGAACAAGAAAAGGAAAAAGAUAAACAGUUUGUGUUGAAUAAACUGAAAAAAAAUGAAGAACAAUUUAAACAAAUACAAGCUUCAAUCAGAAGAGCAAUACUUACAUCAAAACAAAAUAUAGAAAAGGAAUUUAAACAUCAGCGUGAAAUGUUAUUAUCCAGAAAAGUAAAUGGCGACGAUAAUGAUUAUGAUAAAAGAGAUGGUGUUUUAAAACGUAGAAACUUUUCUGAUGUGACAGGAGCUUUAAGACGUACCACACAAUUAAUGCAGCAAGAAAUUGAAAGAAGUGUCUAUUCUGCAAAAGUGCUCGGUUUAACAUCAAUAAUACGUUCUUCAAAACAAUUAAUAACCAAGUUGGAGCAAAGUGAUUGGACAGAUAGGUUGUUAAUUCUGUUUGGUUUAUUGGUGUUUUGUAUGGUAGUAUUAUACAUUUUGAAAUCAAGAAUUUGGAAUACUGGUAUUUCUUGGGUUUCUUGGUUUACUUCUUGGUUCAUUUGA